GACAAUUCAGUUGCGUCGCGACUGCGGAAGCCUCAGGUCUUCAGAGCUCAAAGGAGGCAAUCGAAUUAAAUAGGAUAGGAUUUAUAAUAAAAUAAGGAAAAGAAGUAAAGCCCAGAGAUGCAAGUACCUCGGGUUAAGCUCUUGAUGGGCUCGGGAGCCAUGUUCGUGUUUGCCAUUAUCUAUGGCUGGGUAAUAUUCCCCAAAAUUCUCAAGUUAAUGAUAUCAAAGCAAGUAACCCUUAAGCCGGGAUCGGAUGUUCGAGAACUGUGGUCCAACACUCCAUUCCCCCUGCACUUCUACAUCUACGUUUUCAACGUCACCAAUCCCGAUGAGGUCUCCGAAGGAGCUAAGCCACGUUUACAGGAAGUGGGUCCCUUUGUAUUCGAUGAGUGGAAGGACAAGUAUGACUUGGAGGAUGAUGUCGUAGAGGACACCGUUAGCUUUAACAUGCGGAAUACUUUUAUAUUUAAUGCAAAGGAUUCGCUUCCAUUGACGGGCGAGGAAGAGAUCAUUCUUCCGCAUCCCAUAAUGCAGCCUGGCGGCAUCUCGGUUCAAAGGGAAAAGGCUGCCAUGAUGGAGCUGGUUUCCAAGGGUCUAAGCAUAGUAUUUCCGGAUGCCAAAGCCUUUAUAAAGGCCAAGUUUAUGGAUUUAUUUUUCCGAGGCAUCAAUGUGGACUGCUCUUCGGAUGAAUUUGCGGCAAAGGCUCUGUGCACCGUUUUCUACACGGGAGAAGUGAAACAGGCCAAGCAAGUGAAUCAAACGCAUUUCCUAUUUUCCUUCAUGGGUCAGGCCAACCACUCGGAUGCUGGAAGAUUUACGGUGUGUCGUGGAGUGAAGAAUAACAAAAAGCUGGGAAAGGUGGUUAAAUUCGAUGACGAGCCGGAGCAAUCGAUUUGGCCGGAUGGCGAGUGCAAUAACUUUGUGGGCACUGACUCGACAGUUUUUGCUCCGGGUCUUAAGAAAGAAGAUGGCUUGUGGGCCUUUACCCCUGACUUGUGUCGAUCCCUGGGAGCUUAUUAUCAACACAAGUCAUCGUAUCACGGAAUGCCAUCGAUGAGAUAUACCCUGGAUUUGGGAGAUAUAAGGGCGGAUGAGAGGCUCCACUGUUUCUGCGAAGAUCCCGAGGAUCUGGACACGUGUCCUCCGAAGGGAACCAUGAACUUGGCGGCCUGUGUUGGUGGUCCUCUAAUGGCAUCCAUGCCUCAUUUUUAUCUGGCCGAUCCAAAGCUAAUCGCCGAUGUGGAUGGUCUCAAUCCCAACGAAAAGGAUCAUGCAGUCUACAUAGACUUUGAACUUAUGUCAGGAACUCCUUUUCAGGCUGCCAAGCGGCUGCAGUUUAAUCUGGACAUGGAGCCAGUGGAGGGCAUUGAGCCCAUGAAGAAUCUGCCCAAGGUUAUAUUGCCCCUAUUUUGGGUGGAGGAGGGUGUGCAUCUCAACAAGACCUAUACCAAUUUGGUCAAGUACACAUUGUUUUUGGGCCUGAAAAUCAACUCAGUCCUGCGUUGGUCCUUAAUCACCUUCUCCUUGGUGGGCCUGAUGUUUUCCGCCUACCUUUUCUACCACAAAUCCGAUAGUUUGGACAUAACCAGCAUUAUGAAGGAAAACAACAAGGUGGAGGAUCUGACCAGCACCAAAGAGCCAAAGCUGCCGCCACCAGCUAAGCCAAGCACUUUGCAACCAGUUCCAGGGGCAAAUACGCUGAUUCCAGGCACCAAUCCUCAACCUCCCAUCAAUCUCAAGAUGGAACACCGGGAGCACCGGGAGCGCUACUAACCGC